AUGGCUCCCAAUCCAAGAGUUGUUCAGGCCUUUAAUGCUAUGAAGGCAUUAGGAAUUUCAGCUGAAGAGGUGAAGCCGGUGUUGGCAGAGUUGUUAAGAGUCUACGAUAAAAAUUGGGAACUUAUUGAAGAGGACAAUUAUCGGACACUUGUAGAUGCAUACUUUGACUUCAAAGAAGAUAAGGGAACAGAUGCUAAGAAAAAAGUGUCUGUCAAUUUUCAUGCUCGAGAAAGACCAAAACAGAAGCUGCACUUGAUAGAUGAUGAUGAUGAUGAUAACCAGGUUUUGUCAACAACAAAUAAGUCGAGCCAAAAGUUAUCCAUUGCAGAUAGGAAAACACCUCCAGGUAAUUCUUCACAAGAAAUCAUUGAGCCAUCUCAAGCUUCUAAGCAAGAUAGCAAGCCCAGAACUAGUUCAGAAGCAUCACAUGCAAGGUUGAUGAAGGUAGAAAGGGUUUCCAGUUCACCUUGCAACGCACCUAAAUAUAGAAAAACGUAUUACGACAUAGCACCAUCUUCAGGGCACUCUGUUGAUUAUGAGAAAGAGCUAGUGAAACCCAGAACUAAGAAACCAAAGUUACAGACUCAGCCUAUUUCAACAAAUCAUGACGGAUUAUUUGAUGCUUCCUCAUCAUGCAAUAAUAAUGCCACAACUAGCACGGGAAAUAUCACUAUUGCUUCUUCACCCCGUGGAGAAGUUAAAUUGUCUUUAAACUGCAACUCUGCCUUGAAAAAACGUUCGAAUUUCAGGUCUUCUUCCAGCAACUUGGCAGUUACUCAAGAUGAAAGGAGUUCCUCUCAGUUUAUCAAUGACAUAACAAGAGGUUCAGAAGAGGUGAAAAUCCCAUUAAUAGAUGAAAAUGGCAGUGAGGACUUGCCAAAAUUUAAUUAUAUACCGCAAAAUAUAAUAUACCAAAGUGCUAAUGUAAAUAUUUCAUUGGCUCGAAUUUCGGAUGAGGGUUGCUGUUCUGAUUGUUCAGGCAACUGUCUUUCUGCUUCACUGCCUUGUGCAUGUGCCCGUGAAACUGGUGGAGAGUUUGCUUACACUCCUGAAGGUGUGUUGAAAGAAGAGUUUCUUAAAGCUUGCAUUUCCAUGAAGAAUGAACCUCAAGAUCGUCAUUUCGUGUAUUGUCAAGAGUGCCCAUUGGAGAAGUCUAAGAAUGAGUUCAUGCCCGAACAAUGCAAAGGGCAUAUGGUUAGGAAGUUUAUCAAAGAAUGCUGGAGGAAAUGUGGCUGUGACAUGCGAUGUGGAAAUCGAGUAGUACAAAGAGGUAUAAGAUGCAAAUUGCAGGUGUACAUGACUCGUGAGGGAAAGGGCUGGGGCCUUAGAACACUUGAGGAUUUGCCGAAGGGUACUUUUGUAUGUGAAUACGUUGGGGAAAUAUUAACCAAUACAGAGUUAUACGAAAGGAAUGUGCACAGCAGUUGCAGCAAUGACAGACACACAUAUCCCGUAACUCUUGAUGCAGACUGGGGAUCAGAAGGGGUCUUGAAAGAUGAGGAAGCGCUUUGUUUAGAUGCAACAUAUAAUGGAAAUGUUGGAAGGUUUAUCAAUCACAGAUGCUUUGAUGCAAAUCUCAUUGACAUUCCUGUUGAAGUGGAGACUCCUGAUCACCACUAUUACCAUCUCGCUUUCUUUACCACCCGAGAUGUGAGAGCCAAUGAGGAGUUGACGUGGGAUUAUGGUAUUGACUUUGAUGAUCAUGACCAUCCUAUUAAAGCAUUUCAAUGUUCUUGUGGAAGCGCUUUCUGCGGUGAUAAGAAGAGAAAAGGGAAAGGGAAAGUAGAAAAUCAGGUCCAUGUAUCUGCAAGAACAAGUGUGUCUGAAUUUGGAAGCAGCCGAAGCAAUACCUGCAGCUAGUAGAAUAGGGAGUAAACAAAUUUCUUGAGGUACAUGAUUAUCGUGCUUCUAGAAUUCAAGUUCCACCUCCACCUGGUGGGUUGAUGCAAGGAAGCAUUGUCAUAUACGUUUCCUUCGAACCGUAGAAAGUAACUAGUUGAUUCUCCUCAGUCCAGCCAUUUUCCCUUUCAAUCAUGCCUUGUGAAUCCGUCACUUACCUCAAUGCUGCAUUUGGUUCGGUUACGGUUUACAGAUUUGAUACAUCCGAAUUGACCAUAAAGGAUAAAGGACCACUUGAUCAAAGUGGUUUGAUUUUUACACAUUUUUUCA